AUGGAUAACGCUCAUGAACUGAACACCUCGACAUCAGAAAGACUUCAGGCAGGAUUUGGAUCAGAAAAUGAAACACACGCGUUUUCACGUGACUCGGCAUAUUAUUCUUAUCCACCCAACAUCGACCCUGUACUUGAUACUCCUACGAGUAACUAUCCAGUACUGUCAGAUCAAACAUCAGCCAACUUCUCAGAAACAUCGUUGGCCGCAACCACUAUCCCCCUUUACGGAGCCGACUAUGGAGCAUCGAGGCAUUCCGAUCAGUCGGGGUCAUACCUUGAAGCGCAAAAUGAAAGUCUAACUAGAUCAUGGGAGUUUGGAGGCACCGAAACCCAACCCACGAGAACUUUUUACAGUCAACCAGUCUCUAGCUCAACGCGGCAUCAAUCCUUAGGCGUGUUGCCCUCUAAUACCGAUUUCCCCUUUAUACCUGACGCAACCUCUCAAGAUCCACUUUCGCCCAGACUCAUCGCUGACGACUGUGUUGCGGUGUGUUAUAACAAGCUCAAUGGCAGAACGCCAAAUAGAGAAGAAAUUGAGCUGUGUGCUGCAUUGAGUUAUGUUCCCCUGAAAGUCAUGGAAGAUGCAUUCAACCGACAUCAAGAAAACAAAAAUUUGCAAACUGGCAUCACUACAUCUCAAUCUGGCAGAUCUGCAACUGAUUUUGUGGAGAAUUCUGUGAUGAAUACCUUGGAGAUUAUUCCGGACGAAGUCCAAAAAGCCGAGGCUAGCAAAUAUGUGCAACAACUUCCAGCGAAGUGUCUCAGGCGCAAUGUUACGCUUCCUCCGCCUGGGACCCCAGCGAAGCCAUACAAAUGUCCUGAUUGCGGCAAUGGUCUGGGAUCAUUAGAUUCUUACAGAAGACACCUAGCUGCCCGAUACCCAAAGGAAGCCUGGCUAUGUCUUCUGUGCUCUGAGGUUCCAAUGAACAAGCCCGGCAAGAUAUCAUUUCGACAAACGCAUUUUCAGGAACACUACGAAAAAAAGCACAAAGGUUUACCAUUUCGAGAAUUUCUUGAACGUGGGCACUUCAGCGUAGAAGCACGGCCGAGGACCAUGUCUGAAAGCCACUGCAGAGUGUCUCACGCUGAACGAUGCCACGAAGAAAACAAUACUUUGUCCCUGUUAGACAUGGAACAAACGUCUUUUCCACCAGAAGCAAACCCAUCAACAGCAUCAGGAAUGGCAGCAGCCCUACACCACAACGAGGUCGCGACAGAGCCAGAUAUUCGGGCCACAUCUCAAUUGGUGGUUAAUUCACCUGAGCUGUCGUCUACAAAACCAACGCCUUUUUCACAACACCACACAACAACAGGUCUUUCGAAUAUUCCUACUCCAUGUCAUCACACAACGAGUUCCGAUGAGCUUCUUCCCAGAAGCUCUCGAGACACAGAAGAAUUGGCCGCGGGAAGCUCUCUGGCGUUAGAACCAGCCAGUACUUCAACUAGUGCAGUCUUAGCAGCACUUGAUGAAACCCCAGCAUCCCGAUUACCCAAAGAACAAGCAGUUGUCCUACAAAGUCGUGACAACGAGCCUGUAGCCUCUAACGCUCUCUGGACACCUUUAUUACCCGCAUGUGUGUCAGUAUCUCCACUCUUCCGGCUGAGCCAAGUAGGUCUCAAGCUUUUAUCUGCGGCUCGAACUAUUGCAAGGACGGUAUUAGUUGCCUCAUCUGUUCUCCGCAGGAGUUAUCGGAUUGUUAAAGCUUGGAAACCGAAGCCACCUUUUAUGGUCAACCAUAAAUAUCUUCCAUCAAGACAGCAUCGAUCAGCCCGGCUUGAUGGCGUUUUGUCGGAAAUUCAAGAAGCAGCGCCUUUGAGAAAAGAUUUCACUCUUGGAACAUCGAUACCACUAAAAGUGACGAGCCGGCCGGCCACACUAGCAGACAAGCUUUUUGACUGCCGUGUUCAGACAGGAAUCGAAUCAAACCAGCACUUCAUUCCAGUGAGCUCCCUCGAUCAUUGCUUGAGUGUAAAAAAUAUACGUCAAGAAUUGGGAGAGCUCGAAAGUAGUAUGUCGGCAGAAGCGUUCUCGCUCCUGGUCCAUCAAAUCCACACAUCUACGAGGCGGAUCUUCGCUAUCCUGGUCAUUAUAGAACGCCCAAAAGAAAUCCCUCAUUUUAUUACUCAUGGGAUAUCUGAUAAAUGCCUUCCCUACAUCAAACCUCUUCAAAAUAACUCCUCAUCCAGAGACGGUGUCUCAGCUCGGUCUAAGCUCAACAUUUUGCUACAAUCGUGGCAUCCAAGAGAUGCUGAAGUAUUCAACCAGGUGCAGUGGACUGUGUUGGCGCCUGUUUUUACCCCAUCGUACGCACACUACACGUUCUUACCUGAAGUUAUUCUUCCGUUCCGUAAAACUGGAACCGAUAUGCGCGGUGGAUUUAGUGAGGUCUGGAAAAUCACAAUUCAUCCCGCGCACCAGACCUUUUUCUCUAAGAAUAUGAGCCAUGGUCAGGAACCGCGUUUGGCAGUCAAACAGCUCUUGUCAUCUGAUCGAUCUAGUUUUGACAAAGAAGUUGAGAUGCUGAAGUCAUUGAACACCUCAAAUCAUCCACAUAUUAUGAAGCUGCUUGCCACUUUUAGACAUAAGAAUAAGUAUCAUUUAGUCUUUCCUCUUGCUCAAGGAAAUCUACGGGAAUAUUGGAAGACUCACCAGUUUCCUGACGCAAGACCAGCUUCUGAAGAAUCCAUGAAAUGGGUUCUCUCCCAGAUGAAAGGCCUUUCGGAAGGUCUUCAAACGAUUCAUUGCUUCGGCAAUAAUAAAGGUGGCUUGGGUGGAACAAAAGUCAAAUAUGGUCGUCACGGAGAUCUCAAGCCAGACAAUAUAUUAUGGUUUUCAAAAGAAAAUCAUAAGAACGAGGGCGCUCGUCACUCAGACGGUGUGCUUGUCCUAGCAGAUUUCGGUCUCGGCCAGUUCCAUCGACGAGAGACUCGAUCUAGGAUUAGAGCAGAAUCUAUUGGCGGCUCCCCAACAUACGAACCACCCGAAUGUGCCUUGCGUAAGCCGGUCUCUAGGGCAUACGACGUAUGGUCAUUAGGCUGCUUGUACCUCGAGUUUUUGACGUGGAUUCUCAAAGGUUCGAAUGCAAUUGACAAGUUUGCUGAUGCUCGUGGAUCAGCAAAUACCUCGGGAAUUAACGGCGACGAGUUUUAUGCCGUCCUUCCUACAGCCAAUGGUGCAUUCAAUCGGAAAGCUGUUGUCAAACAUUCUGUUACACGAUGGAUUGCUGAUCUUAAAGCGCACCCAAGAUGCUCUGAUGCUAUUGUAGCUCUGUUGUUGCUAGUAGAAACCCAGCUUCUCAGAGCAGACUCUGCACAAAGAUCCAACAUAACACAAGUUGUUUCAUCGCUCAACAAUAUCAUAGAGCGAGGGAAAGCGGACCCUAGGUAUUUGUGCAAAGAUGGGCGCACUAUCAGUUCUUUCAACCUUUUACAGCCGAUCCCCGCCAUGGGUGGGGUACAGGAUUCAGUGUCUAGUGCUUACCACAAGGUCAAAAGCCCUCCGAAUAUUGAAAGGCAGAUUCUAGGGAGGAAGACACUCGAGAGCCACCACUUCAACGACUCGGACAAAGAAGUGCAAAACCUUUCUCCCAGCAGUGGUAGUGACACUUCCUAUCUGAGAAAACAUGGUGACGAAUCAGCUGUCUCGCCAGUCGACUUUCAGCAUCUGCUCUCAACGCAAAACAAGGACAUCACUCCUACCGUAGUGUCAGACUCCCACCGUUCCGCUAAGAGAACGCACGAAUCCACAGAUGAUGAUCAUACACCAUAUCACGACUACAAACGAGCUAAAUGGCAUGCUACGACAAAAAGGUCACCAGUCCCGGCAAAGUCGUAUCGUGCAUCCAAGUCUGCCAAGAAAGAGAGCAAGUUCGCUACCCUUGGAAUAUCUAGAGAGUGUCCCGAAAAAGCCAAAGCUUGGAUGACUCUACCGUUCACUACCGAGGACUCAAUCUUCCAAAACGCACUCAGCCUUCGGAUCGAGAAUAUUUCUGGCGUCGAACUCGCUUGA